AUGGAUGACGAAGAGGGGAGAUUGUUUAGAUGCAGAAGAACCUGCUGUGAAAUGCUAGAAGAUAGAGGAUACUUUAUUCCAAAUCAAGAAAAACUCGAAACAUUCACAGAGUUCAAGGCAAGAUAUGAACUGUAUGACAAAGUGCGCUCGAAGAUGUUGUUAGUGGCAUCACUUAAAAGUGAUAAGGAAACAAAGUUGCUAGUAUACUUUGCUGACGAAACCAAAAAAACUGGGGUCAAACCGAUAAGAGAAUUAACCGAAAAAAUGGAAGAUCACGAUAUACAUAGAGCUAUAUUGGUCACACAAAACGUCCUCACGCCAUUCGCAAAAGAUGCUAUACUGGAGGCAGCUCCGAGAAAUAUCAUUGAAAACUUCCUAGAAACGGAACUACUAGUCAACAUCACCAAGCAUGAUCUGGUCCCGAGACACAUACCACUCACACCGGAUGAAAAACAAACGUUACUGCAAAGAUACAAAGUCAAAGAAAGUCAGAUACCUAGAAUACAGGCUGCAGACCCCGUAGCACGAUACUUCGGCCUUACAAAGGGACAGGUCGUCAAAAUUAUCAGGCCAAGUGAAACUGCCGGAAGAUAUGUGACGUUCAGGCUAGUGUACUGA